AUGAAAUUCGUUUUAUUUUUAUUGUAUACUAUUUCUUUUUAAGGUAUACUGAGUGAAAAGGUUGAAGUGAAGAACAAAUGUAAAUGUAGUAAUAUAUUGACAAUGGAGGAAUGUAAUAUUCAUUGUGAAUGGGAUUUGGAUACAAAGAAGUGUAAAGAUUCAAGUCUUCCAUUAAUAAGAACAAGUUAUUGUUCAUUUUUAUAAGAUAAAUGUAAUAAGACUAUAGGUUGUGCUAAUUAUAAUGGUAUUUGUGUUCCAUUUGCUGGAUGUACAGCAAUCAAAUAAAAUACAAAUUAUGAAUGUCAAAAAUAUUCAGAACUUUGUAUAACAGAUGGUUUAAAAUGUAUAGAAAAGGGUGUUUGUGCAGAUUAUAAAACUAGAUUGUCUUGUCGUAAUAAUUAUAUUAAUAAUCAAUGGUCUGGAUUUUGUUAUUGGGAUAAAAUGGAAUGUAGAAAUGCAUAAAGUUGUCAUGAAUUAUCACAUAGUUUAAAAAAUGAUGCAGAAUGUAGAUAAUAGUUUAGUUGGUGUACAUUUAAAAUGGGUGGAGGUUGUGAAAAUUCAGGAGAAUAAUGUAAAGAUUAAAAAUUCUAAUAAUAAUGUGUGACAAAUAAAAAAGGGAAUGUGAAAUGUUAUUGGGAUGGAUAAGAAUGUAAUGAUUAUUCUUGUAAGUAUAUAAAAUAAGAUUGUGUAAAAAAAGGAUGUUCAAUAGAUGAGGAUUUUUUAUGUAUGGAUAGAUUAGAAUGUAAUGAAUACAAAAUUGAGAGAUCAUGUACUUAUAAUAAAUCAAAUAUUUAAUGUAUGUGGGAAGACAAUGUAUGUAGAAUAAAAUUAUGUGAGAAUGCAAGUAUAUAAAGAUAAACUAAUUAAUAAUGUUAAUAAAUAGAUAUUAUGUGUAUUACUAAAUUUGGAGGAGGAUGUAAGAAUAAUGGGGAAUGUGAAGAAGCUAAUACUAAAGCUGGAUGUUAAUAGAAUAUAAGAGGAGAUUCUUGCUAUUGGAAUGGAUAUAAUUGUGUAAUAAAAUAAUGUUAAUGGGCACCUGUUAUUUUUCAAAGAAAAGAUGAAUGUUAAAAUUUCUAAUCAACUUGUGUUUAUAAUGGUUAAAUAUGUAUAGAAGAGGGAUGUUAUGCAUAAUCAGAAAAUUUAAGUUGUUCUGCUUCUAAAUAAUGCAAAUGGUUAAAAAAAUGUGAUAUAAAAACAUGUGAGACUGCUGGAAGAAAUAUAAUAUACAUAUCUCAUGAUGAAUGUUAGAAUUAUUUACCAAAUUGUACUUUAAAUGAUUCAGGUAUAGGAUGUAUGCUUAUUAAAUAUUCUUGUAAUUAAUAUGUAAGAUAGAUAUAAUGUUAUUUGUCUAUAUAGAGUAAAUGUACUUGGUAUGAUAAUUAGUGUUUAGAUAGUAAAUGUGAAUAUUUAAAUUAUAAAACUCAUUAUGAAUGUAAUAAUUAUUUAAAAAAUUGUACUAGUGAUGGAUAAAAAUGUAUAGAAUUGAAAUUAAAAUGUUCAUAAUAUACUGAAAUUCAUUCAUGUAAUAUUAAUUAAGACAAUCAACAUUGUGUUUGGUAGAAUAAUACAUGUUAAGAUGUUACUUGUGAUUCGAUUCCAAAAAGUUAUUAUUAUAAUACUCAUUAAGAUUGUAAUACUUAUUUAUAAAAAUGCACUAUUUUAGAAAGAAUUACAGGUUGUAUUAAAAUGCCAUCUGAUUGUAGUUUAUUAAAUUAAGAAUAAUGUUAUGGAAAAAAAUGCAUUUAUAUAAAUGGAUUAUGUCGUGAAAAGGAAUGUAAAGAUUAUAAGGGUGAUAUUACAUAAGCUAAUUGUGAAAACUUUAUUGAAGGUAAAAAAUGUAUGAGAGGUCCAAGUUUGAUACCUAAUAGUUGUGUUGAUUAAGUAUAAGAAUGUUUAGAAAUAAAAAAUGAAUAUUAAUGUGAAGAUGCAAAAGAUAAUCAUAAUAAUAAAUGUAGAUGGGAAUUUUCAGCUUGUAUUAAAUGGACUGAAAUUUUACUAAGAAAAAUAAAUGGAAACUGUCCAGAUGGUUCAAUAUCUUUUGAUGAUAACUUUUGUAGUAAAUAAAAAUAAUGUAAUGAUAAAGAUAUAGCUACAGUAGAAUAUACAGAUUAAAUAUGUGAAAAUUAUCUUAUUUCUUGUUAGAAAAAUACAAUUAAUACUUGUUAAGAAAAAUUGGUUAAUAUUUCAAGUGGAUGUAGUUUUUAUUUAUCUAAAAUAAAUUGUAUUUCAUAAUCUAAUUGUUAUUGGUCAUUUGAUAAUACUUGUAAAACAAUAAAAAGUAAUUGUGAUGAAUUACUUAUCAAAGAAGAUUGUUAAGAUAAUAGAGAAGAAUCAGGAACAUAUUGUAGUUGGGAUGAUGAUAAUACUAGAUGUUAAAAUAUUUGUGAAACAUUGACUCCUAAGAAUUUAUCAUGUUCAAUUUUGGAUCCAAAAUGUAUAUUAAAAGGUAGUAAUAAUGAGAAAUGUAUAAAAAAAUUAGAAAAUUGUUCUGAUUAUAAAGUGUCAGAAUAGGAAUGUGAAGAUGAUGAUAGAUGUACAUACACUUUUGGUUUUUGUAUAGAAAAAUAGUGUUCUGAUAUAACAGAUAGUUUAACACAUGAUGAAUGUAAUUCUUAUAAAUCAGAAUGUACAAUUGCAUAUCCAGGAGGUUGUACAAAUUUAUUACCUAAAUGUUCUGAUUAUAAAAGUGAAAUUUAAUGUCAUAUUAAUAAUUUAUCAAAAGAUUGUUAUUGGUUUGAAUAUAAAGGAUGUGUUGAAUAAGAAUGUAAAGAAAUUACUUAUGAUUCAGAAUUAGGUGUAAAUCAAUGUUUAACAUUUUUUGAUAAUUUAAUUUGUAAUAUAAAUGAAUUAGGUAAUGGUUGUGAAAAUUUAAAAGAUUCUUGUACUAAAUAUAACAAUGAAAAAUAAUGUCAAAAAUAAUUAGAUGGAUAUGAAUGUAUUUGGUAAAGUGAUACAUGUGUAUAAGCACUUUGUGAAAAUAUUGAAUUAAAUAUUUAUACACAUGAAGAUUGUUAUAAUUAAUAUGAAAAAGUAAAAUGUACUGUUAAUUAAGAUAAUGAUAGAUGUAUUGAUUUAUUUUCAGAUUGUAAAUUAUAUAUAACAAAAGAAUAAUGUUUAAUAACAUUAAAUAAAGAAGAUUGUGUUUGGGAUCAAUUAUAUUCAUAAUGUAAAUUUAAAUCUUGUAAAGAUGAUAUACCUAAUAAUUAGAAAUGUUCUGAUUAUCUUUCAUCUUGUAUGGAACCACAAUAUUUGUGUAGAAAUGUAAUUUGUGAAGAUUAUGAAUAUGAUAAUGAUGAAGAAUGUAAAUUAUAAGAUAAUAAAUGUACAUCUAAUGGUCGAUUUUGUAUAUAAAGAGGAACUUGUGAAUAAAAUUAAUAUAAAUAAGCAUGUAAUAUAGAUAUUAACAAUAAAUUAUGUAGUUGGAAUUUUGUUAAAUAAUAAUGUAGUUAUGUGUAAUGUCAAGAUGCUCCAUCUUCAUUAAUUCAUACUUAAGAAUGUGAAAAAUACUUUCCAAAUUAAAAUUGUAUUACUAAAUUUGGAGGAGGUUGUCUUAUAGUAACUGGUUGUUUUGAUUAUACAAUUUAAGGAUAAUGUGAUGAGAGUAAACUCUUUGAUUGUAUUUGGUAAAAUAAUACAUGUAGAUCUAAAUUAUGUUCAGAUUAUAAAAAUAGUUAUAUUUUAGAAUGUUAAUCUAAACCAUAAAAUUGUACUACUGAUGGUACAACAUGUAUUGAAAUGAAAAAUUGUGCACAAUUAUCAAAAUAGUCUUGUUUUAUUGGUAUAGAUGGAAUUUGUUUAUAUUUAAAUGAUCGUUGUUAACUUUAUCAGAAUUGUUAAUCAAUUUACUUCACUUCUCAUUAAGAAUGUUAUGAUGCUUUAUAAAAUUAAUGCACUUCAGAUGGUAUUCAAUGUAUACCUAUAACAUAUUGUGAUUAAUACAGUAAUUAAAAAUCAUGUGUAAAAGGAAUUGAUGGAGAUUGUGCUUGGGAAAAUUCUAAAUGUAUAAAAUUUACAUCUUGUAAGAAUUAUCUUUAUAAAACUCAUGAAGAAUGCAAUUCAAUUAAUUAAAGUUGUACAAGUGAUACUAUUAAUAAGUGUAUUGAAUUAUUAGAAUGUUCUAAAUAUGUAGAAAAUAAUUGUAAAAUUGAUAAAAAUGGAAUUGUAAAGAAAGAUGGUUUAAUUAUAAAAUUAAAUACAUGUAUUUGGAAAAAUUAAUAAUGUAUUAAUAUUACAUGUUCAGAUCUAUAUGGAACUGAUCAUUUAAGUUGUUAUAGAUAAAUGUCUACUUGUACUUCAGAUAGUGUAAAAUGUAUUAUUAUGGAAAAAACUUGUUCUAAUUAUUCAACUAAUAUUUGUGAUACAGCAUAUAGUUAAGAAGGUAAAUGUGCUAAUUUAAAUUCUAUAUGUUCAAUAAUUGAUUGUUCAAUUAAAACUGUAGAGAGUUAAUGCAAUGUUUUGAAACAUUGUUAAUUUAUUAAUGGUUCUUGUUAAUCAUAUAGUAAAUGUUAAGAAUACAAAACAGAAAAAGAUUGUACUAUAGGUACUGAUGGAUAAUGUGUAUUUAAAAAUUCUUAAUGUAAAUUAAUGUCUGAUUGUACUGAGGCUAAUACAAAAUAACUAUGUUCAACAAAAACUUGUUAUUGGAAUGAAACUUCAUCUAAAUGUUAACCACAUUAAUGUGAAACUUAUGCAAAUUAAAAUUCUUGUGGAUUAUUUUACAAUUUUUAAAAGAAUUAAAUAACAUAUUGUGCUUUUGAUGAUAAAGAACGUGUUUGUAAAGAAAUAAGUCCAAUAUCAUUUACUCCUGUUGAUUGUUUUUAAAAAUCUCUUGGAUAUUUCUCAAAUUUAAAUGGAACAUGUCAAUCUUGUAAUAAUUAAAAUAUACCCAAUACCAAUCCUAAUUAAACGGAUAAUUAUACUACCACACCAACUAAUAGUGAUUCCCUUCUAUUUGGUAGUGUCUUUAUAAUAGGUUUAUUAAUUAUCAUUUGA